CUCUCUCUCUCUCUCUCCCUCUCUCCUCCUCCUCCUCCCAUCUCCUACUUUUGAUGGGGGGGCGCAGCGGUGAAGUCACAGUGAUGUCAUUUUAGGAUGUGAGAGUCGGGCAAGGUGAGCUGGUUUUGCGGUGAGUGGUGAGUCCCCUCCACUGCCAGCGUUGCCUGAACAGAGGCGCGGAGCGGCGAAAGAUGAUCAUCGCCACCGGCACCAAAUCAAGCUCCGACGCGCUCCGUGCCUCUCCUCCUCCUCCUCCUGCUGCUGCUGCUGCUUACAUCUCGGGCUAUGGGGCCUUGAUCUGCCUUGAUCCCCAAGUCAGCCUUUACCGCCACCAUGCCAAAGGAGAAAACAUAAGAAGAGUUGCAUUUUUAGGGCAGGUAACUUUGACCACGUGCCCCGAAGGUAAACUGGAUGGCCGUUGCGCAAAGGUGCCUCUACAGUAUGUCCAGCGGGGCCAGGACGCACUGGACGCUGCCAGCAGUUCUUGUACUGUGGACUUCUCUCUGGGGGAUCGCUUCUUCUUAUCCGAUUCCAAGCAGGACUAAUGCGACUUUAUUGGAAAAGAAGUGGGAGACGCUUUUCUCGCGCUCCUAUCUGGGUAUAGCCGGGGGGAAAUCGGAGCUGAACUGGGAGAGUGACUAUUUGCAGGGCAUCAAACGAGUGCGGCGACUCUACUGCAACGUGGGCAUUGGGUUUCACCUGCAGGUGCUCCCGGACGGCAGGAUAAGCGGAGCACACAAUGAGAACCAAUACAGUCUCAUAGAGAUCUCCACCGUGGACCGAGGAGUCAUCAGCCUGUUCGGAGUGAGGAGUCAGCUGUUUGUCGCAAUGAACAGCAGGGGAAGGUUAUACGGAACGAGAUUCUUCGUGGACGAGUGCAAGUUCAAGGAGACUUUGCUGCCCAACAACUACAACGCCUACGAGUCUUUUGUUUACAAGGGCUUUUAUAUCGCCCUCAGCAAGCAUGGUCGCGUAAAGAGAGGCAACAAGGCCACCACCGCCAUGACUGUCACACAUUUCCUCCCGCGGCUAUGAGAAAAAAUGGCAAUAACUCACUUAUUUGCACAUGUGGAUGUUCUUCCAGGUAACACAGAAAUGCAAAGUCAUGAUAUACACACAAGCCGACAGACUGCGAGAGAAAACACAAAUAUUUAUUCUGUUUAUAUAUCUGUAUAUUUGGAUAGCUAUCUUUGUAUAUGUACCGUGCUGCUUAUUGUUUUUAUGGAUGGGGGAGAGCUGACGCCUUUGCCUGUCUCACUUUACCUUGGUGCUUGCUGUAACCGAACGACGUGUCACUUCCUUUUUCGAGAUGAGGGAUGAGCUGUAUCCUGUGCUUUUAAAGAGUGAAACGAAUACUUUUUAUUACCUCAAAGAACCACUUUACUAGAAUAAGGGAUGCAUGGACUUUUUGCUGAAGUAUCUGCUAGGUUUAUAAUUAUUUGAAUCUUUCAAAAGCGCUUGACGGCUCACUGCUCCGUGUCCGGCAGUUGGGGUUAAAAACUUAAAUGCACUACCUUUGCUGCACGAUUUAAAGGUGCCUUGGUGUUCCCACUUGUGGCCCCCUUAAACUUGCAUGUAAGAGACACCCGCUGGAGUCAGAAAUAGGGCUGACACUCCGCAGAGGGCCUCAGAAGGAGGAGGGGGAGUGGACUAUCUCUGGUUUAUUUUCUUUUCUGUAAUUAGAUCGAUUAAGUAAUAUACAAUCUGUGGUAGAGACCAGAGAGCGGUCGGCCAUGGAAGCUGGAGCGAGGCCAUAAGUUUGACUAUGUGGCUCAUAAACAGGGUGGAAUACUUUUCUAUCCAAGCAUGGAGAAAAAUUUUCUAUUCGAACCUGGCUUGCACAAGAAAUCGACGGAGCGGAUAGAUUUGCGUAGAAACUGCACAUUGUCCUGAAAAGAGCUCCUACAGUAAAGUGGGCUGCUGUUUUUUAAAGCUUUAGCUGCUGUUGAACAUGAUGUCCAAGAAAAACGAUGUAAAUAGACGCAAAUGUAAAAGAAGAAGAAUUCAGGAGCUUUUUAACGCUGCUUUGCAGUUGCCCCGUUAAGGCAAAAAGAGAUCAGGUUGCACAGAAAACCAUCGAUGAUGGUGCCUAAAUGUUUGAAUCGUCCCCUUACAGUUUUGUCUCUUUAAUUUCACUUGGUGGAGUUUUUUGCGUCCUCUGGGACACUUUCCCUCAGCUUGCCUGCUUGUGUGCUCUGCAGCAGCACUGCAGUGGCAGCGAGGUGUUUGGAGCCUGAGGCAGAUUUAAAUGCAAUUACGGAUGAGUCAAUGAUGUGCCCUGAAGAUGUGAAGGACAGUGCAGAUGGAGGCAUGAGAAGUUCCCUCAUACCUGCUGUUUUACUCUGCUUAAAAUGAGCAGUAAGAAAGUUUUUUUACUGCUGGAGCAGCACGGUAAAUAUCAUGUAGCAUAUUCUCAGGAUGCUUCGCUGGGUUUCUAAGAAUCCUCAUAGCGUGCAUCUGUCCACAUAACUUCUGCAGCUGUUUACUUGAAAACCUGAAUCUCUCCUCCGUCCGUCCCUGCCUUCUGAGAGGAAGCAGGACUAUUUCAAUCCAGGAAAAGACGUAAGCGAGCAGGCCGGCACCGCUGUCUUUGUUGUUCGUCAGACCUCCUGCAGGAAUGUGGAUCUGCCAGGAUGACAGGCAGCCUCCCACAUACCUGAGCCCCCACCUCUACCCAUCUCCUGCACCCCUCCUCACCCGCUGCAGGCAGGGACCUUGGGAUUCCGGCUGUAACCCAGGAGCUUCCUCCUCUCCUUUCAGCCUUUUUUAGUUCAAGGUCAGAGUCACGGACCAGCCUUGGCCUCGACCCUAGUGGCCAUGGCAGUUGGCUUUGUUGGUCUAUGAAACAGGAAUUUAAAGUAUCUUUUUGAUCCAAAAAUCUUCUAACAAGUUGCUCUCAUUGGUCUCAAAUCUGCAAAAUUUUCCUCCAAACAAUCCUCAAAAUUAAGAGCUCCACCUCUUUAAAAUGCAGCUCAUUCCCUCCCCUUUCCAAGCACCGGUGUUGGGAUAUUUCUGGGGAGGGGACAUCUGCAGAGUUAAUGCAGUGUGUGAGGAGCAGAGUCAUGCAGAGCCUCACCUCUGCUGCUGCUGCACUCAAAUCCUGCAGGAUGGCACCACAGCAUAUCCUCAGGAGGCUGCUGCUGCUGAGCACGGCCUGAACACCCUUCAUACUGACACAGUAUCAGCUGCUGCUCAUUUCAAGCCAGCUUUAACAGUAUUUUUCCUCACAGGUGUAGAGGUUUUUUUUCAAUUCCAAGGACAUCUUGAUUCUGCUGAAAUGCAAGUUUUUCAAGGACUUGUUGCUGCUGCACAGGAGGCUGAAUGAAACAUGACAGAAUCACACUUCUUGUCUGGAGUAAAUCAUCAUUUUUGACUGAUAAAGCAUUAAAAAAAAUCCCCUUUUUCCAUUUCCAGCAGCCGUAGAUGUUAAAGUUAUCACUGCAUACAAAAAAAUCUACCAUUUUCAGCAGCAGGUGAAUACUGCGCAUGCACCAACAAGCACUUUUCAUGCCAGCCCACAAUCAAGAUGUCUGACAUCUUUAGCAGCACCUUACUGACAACAUCUUGAUCCUAAUUAAGCUAUUGUUUUCUGUCUAGAACUAGAGCUGGAUCCCUAAAAAAGCUCAACUUUCAGCUUCGACCAAAAGUUUUGCCCAGAUUUCUGUAGUCUCUUUUUCCUUUCCACAGCUAUCAAUUUACAUUUCAGUCACGGUGAGGAAUAUCUUUUUAUAAAGUGUCAUGAUCCUUUAGCAUGCCCGAGCCUGGAUCUUAAUCAGGGGUGUGUGCUUCAUGUGUUUUUUUCUUUACUCCGUCUGUGAAAGGGAGUGAGGCUUCGCUCUAUUCCUCUCAUCUCUGUUCUCAUAUACCUCACCCUCUGCCUUAGUUUUGGUUUGCUGAUGACUGUAAAUGAAGACGAAACAAACUUCAGUUAUUUUGUUUCUGAAAAACAAGACAAUGCUAAGUAAGGAUAUUAAAGUUUUUUCCUUUUAUUUUUGUACGUAUGUGCUGUGCACAGCAGUCUACUGUAUU